AUGGAUAUAUACGAUGAGAGUGGAGAAGUGUCCAGAACGAUGAAUGAAGAUGUAGAUGAAACUCUGGACUCAAUUCUCAAAAAAUCUGAAACAACAAUGGAACAAGAAGGAGACCUAGAUAUGGAAGAAGAGACUGAAGAAAUCGAAAAUGGAGAAGCAGAUUCUCCAGAAGACGUUGAUUCUCCACGAGCCUCAUUGCAGCCUACGAAAAAGGGGAAACUUAAAACAAGAAAACGGAAAAGAAGUUCAUCAGACGAUAGUUCAAUUAACGAGCCGGGUUUGGAUGCUGCCCAGAUAGUACAAGGUCCGUUGUCAAAUAUUAACAAAGAAAUCAAUGUCGGAGAUGCAUAUCAGGCAAAAAUCGAAGAAGAUGAGGAAGACCCAAAUUAUAUGGAAGAUCGAGAAGAGCCGGAAGUGUUAGUUUGGGAAUGUCCGAACGAUAAUGAUAAAGAUAAAAUAUUCAAAUUCACCAAUGAUGCUUCUGAUCGAUUCUUAUUACCAAAAGACAGCAUUCUGUUCAUUCUGCGACAAAACGAUUACAGUUUCGACAAAGCGCUGGCUGAAAUCUCUAAGCGAAGAAUACUACAAGACUCAUGGACAGAUGAAGAAAUUGCAAUUUUUGAUAAUAGUUUCCCUCAUUGCGGGAAGAAUUUCUCACAGAUUCGUGCGACGGUUCCCCAUCGAUCUCUAACAUCAGUCAUAAAAUAUUACUAUAAUAUGAAGAAAUCAAUCAACUAUAAACAAUUUGCCAAUUCCAAACUCAACAGUUCAAGUGGUGCAGAAGAUGAGGAGGGGCCUUCACCUUAUCCUGAAGCAUUGUUUGAUAUGAUGUGUGAAAAUUGCGGAGAGAAAGCGGAAGAUAUGCAGCCGACUAAGAAGAUAAAUCGAUAUGAAUGCCGUGCCUGUCGGAUAUACUACAAAAUGAUGGGUGUUCCGCGUCCAACGAGCCUUCGUAUUGUUCUGACAGAACGAAUCAAAAACCUUGUACCGUGUCCAGAAGUUUACCGUGAGGCUAUGAAAGAUUAUCACAGACUAUCAAGCACAGCAACUGGAGCUACAUUUCUCAAUCGAAAAAUUGGAAAACGCCAAACAUUAGAAGAUAUUCUCGGAGUGAAUACGCCUGCCAUGUUCUCAAAGUCAAAGAAUGAAAGAGCUCGUUUUAAAAAACUAGCUUAUCGCAUGUCAGCUACUUUAGCGAAAUCUGGAAUGUCAAAUACUCUUAAAAUAAUGAAAGAUCAUCACGAUUCCUUAAAAGAAUACAGGACAGAGCCUGAAGAAACAAUGCCAGAAGUUACUGAGUUGUUUACAUCAACUGAGUCUUCCAAUAGUGCCGACGCAUUGGAAUGCAAAGUCGAAAUGGUGAAUUCAGAGAUUGUUAUGGAACAUUCCUCAAAUAUUGAAAUGACAUCAGAAGAAUCUAUGAAGUCAUCUGAAUCUCUAGAUGCAAAUUCGGAGAAACCUAUAGAAGUUUCAGUGAACACCACUGUUGAAGGACAAGUAGUUUCUGAUAACACAACAGAAGAGCUCGCUUCAUCAGCUGAUAUCAUCAAGGGAUCGUCCGAGACAACGGAACUCAUUUCAACUGCUACACUAGCAGUGUAUCCUGAAAAACUAAUCGAAGGAACCCAAGCCUUUGCACCGGUUCCAAUAACGAUCUCUAAUAGUCCCUCUGAAUCCCAAAAUGAUACGGUAGAAUCUUCGGUUGUUUCAAAAGAGAUGUCGGAAUCUGUUAACGACCAAAAGGAAGAAGUGAAUAAUCCUACAGAAGUUACUGUUCAUUCAUCAAUUUCAAACGGAGUUACGAAUGAAUUGAGUGAGGUGAUCUUUCAAUCUUCGAAAGUCCCAGAAAAGUCUGCAAAUGCGUCUCUGCAAGCAUCAGAAUCGUCAUCGGAUUCUGCUGGCAGUUCGUCGGAAGGUGUGCGCAUAUGGGUUCGCCAGAGAACAGUAUGCAUGGAAGAGAUGGAAGCUCUCGCUGAUGACAGUCGACGAAAAAUGUAUGAUGCAUGUCAGCACUAUGGCAGUGUGAAUACGAAAAAGGUAGCACUGUGGAAGAGCGAUAUGGAAUCACUGCGUAACAGACUUGAGCGGAAAAAUUACGAUUUAGACCUAAACCCAUCGUUCCUCUUUUCCAAAGAACGAGUUCCUUACUGUCAAGAAUGGACAGAGACAGAGAAAGAAUUGGCUUUAAGGUGCUUCAGUUGGUACGGUAAUAAUUUCGCUCAAAUUGCCGAUGUGCUGGGAACGAAAACCUUUGAUCAAGUUAAAUUGUUUCAUGAUGCAAAUGAAAAACUUGUCAAUAAUAAGCACGGCGAAUAUGAGAAAAGCAUGAAAUCACUGACGAAGACUAUCAACGAAAAUAGGAAAACAGGAAAAGAAGAAUAA